AAAGAAAGUUAUCAGUAAGGAAAGGGAAGAGAGAGAAAGCAAUAAAUUAGAAAGGUAUAGAGAGGAUGAGCAGACUCUUUUGCAAAUCCUUGCUCGGGCCUUCUCUCUCCUCCACUCCCAUUCGAUUCAAAUCAUUCUCUUCUUCAUCCACAACAAGGGUUUUCAGUAUGGCACCUGAAGCUUCUUCUUCCUCCUCAUCUCCGUCUUCCGCCAUAGACUUCCUCUCUCUUUGCACCCGCCUAAAGACAACGAAGAGGGCAGGCUGGGUGAAGAGAGAUGUCAAGGACCCGGAAUCGAUUUCUGAUCAUAUGUACCGAAUGGGACUGAUGGCCCUUAUUUCAUCUGAUUUACCUGGUGUUAAUCGUGACAAGUGUAUAAAAAUGGCAAUUGUUCAUGAUAUUGCUGAAGCGAUAGUUGGAGAUAUAACUCCUGAUGAUGGAAUUCCGAAGCUGGAGAAGAGUCGACGAGAGCAGGAAGCUCUUAACCAUAUGUGCAAACUACUUGGUGAAGGGCCGAGAGCUAAAGAAAUGCAUGAGUUAUGGUUGGAGUAUGAAGAAAAUUCCACACUUGAAGCUAAGGUUGUGAAGGACUUUGAUAAGGUGGAGAUGAUACUUCAAGCCUUGGAAUAUGAAACAGAGCAAGGGAAGGACUUGGAUGAGUUUUUUCAAUCAACUGCAGGGAAGUUCCAGACAGAGUUAGGCAAAGCUUGGGCAGCCGAGAUAGCUUCAAGAAGAAAGAAGUAGCACCAUUGAUUUGUUUGGUCCACUUUCAGUUAGAGAAAAAAAGCAAAAAAGAAUCAAAGAAACAACUGCCAAAUAUUGAGCAGGAUUUUGUUAAAACGACUUUUUCUCACCAAUUUAUGUAAAAGGUUUUGGUUGGACUCACAUGGUGUAUGAUGAGCAUAACUCCUAAAGAAUAGUCUAAUGACUUGUUUUUUGGGGGGGUUGUAACCGAAACUGGAUUGUUAUCAAAAACUUGGGAUUAUUAUUGUCGGUA